AGGAGCCGGGAGCAGUUUGAGCGAUUUUAUGAGGAAGAUUUGAAACAAAAAAAGGAACAUGUUUGGAGGAACAAAAUCAAAUUGAUUAAGGCUACAGGGACGCAGUGAAGUUGACACCUGAGGCGGAAAAAAGUCCUUUUUUAUCAAAGUGGUCCCCCGAAGUGGUUCCAGGGAUGUGCUGCUGUUGGCUGUGAGACAAAAUUUGAACAAUUUCGUUUUUGUUGUAAUACCAUCUUCUUCCCCGCUCGAACGAGAUGCCUUACAGCAGCCGUGAAUUGGUUUGCCAUUACCUGUAUUACCGGCUGUCCCGCCAGGGAUUUGUGUGGGAGGAGCCCCUAGACACCGCUGCCGGCUCUCCGACCCCCAGCUCACCGAGCCCCGGCCGGCCCCGGGCGUCCGCCGCCGACAAAGCGCACCGCGUCCUCCGCGAGGUGGGCGACAGCUUCGAGCGCCAGUACCAGCAGGAGUUCGCCGACAUAGCGCUGCAGAUGCGCUUCGAGCCCGAGAGUGCCCGCGGCCGCUUCGAGGCGGUGGCCGAGGAGCUGUUCCGCGAUGGAGUCAACUGGGGCCGGGUCGUGGCUUUCUUCGUGUUCGGUGGCACCCUGUGCGUGGAGAGCGCCAAGAGGAGGGACAUGGCAUCGCUCAUUGAUAACAUCGCCGCUUGGAUGACCGCUUACCUGGACAGCAGCCUCACUGACUGGAUCCGCGCCAAUGGAGACUGGGAUGCUUUUGUAGACCUAUAUGGAAACAAUAUGGAACCUCAUUUCGACAUCCCAUGGCCCUCUCUUCGAACUGUCUUGGGCAUCGCUGCUGUGGGGGCUUGUAUAACCUUUGCUUAUCUAGCCCACCAGUAUUAACCGUGAUUAUUCAAGAAUUUCCUCUUAACUAAAACUGCUUGCAAAAAAUUCUUUAGGCUGCUUUAAUGUCACAAGUUGUUAUAUCUAAUUGGAUCAAAUUAUCAGCCUAUUUGACACUGUAAAAUAUUCUUAUUUAUAAUCAUUGAGUCUUUUACAGCGGUAGAUUUAUAAUGUUUCUUUGCAGUUCGCAAUGAAUGCAUUGUUGAAUAUGUCAAUGUGAAGCCAAUUCUAGAAGUACAUUUCUCUGUGGGUUGAAUUUCUUAAGGCUGACUGGACUCUACAUUCCAUAAUAAAUUGGACAGAUUGUGUUACAAGAUGGUGAUACAACUGGAUGGAAUUUUGCCUACAGCAAUGUGUGAGGCAAGAACCCUGAUUUUGGCCUUGGUUUGUAACAUAUCGGUGACAAUAUAUUGCUUGACAAUUGAGCAUUAUAUGAAUUACAAUCAGUGCACGACACAAAUUGCCCAAUACUCAACUUCCUGAAAAUGUUGGGAACUGAGGUUUAGGUGGCUGUCUUUUUUUUUUAAGAAAAAAACUUUCUUUUACUAAAGGGGGAAGUCAUUGUCUUAUUACAAAAACAAACUUUAGAAAUUAGUCAUGAUCUUCAAGAUUUAACAUUGUACAGAAGUUCACGGAAUGGCUGAAGAGGACUUCUUUGGGCUGGGAUUUGAACAUACAAAAAUUUAUUCAUCGUGUCAUUAAACAGCGAGUGGAUGUUAGUUUAUUUUGGUAUAAAGCAGAAACUUAAUCCUCGGCUUAUGUUUAGAGCUGCUUGCAAUUGCAGUGGCAACAAAUACGUGUGCUGAACAAACCAAGAAGAAAGCUAAAACUGGAUGGAAACUGGAAGUAAAAUAACUUUUAUCCGUUUUGCAAAUGUGCAUCAGCAUUUAAGGAAAGGAAAAAUACAAUGAUGUUUGGUAACUUGCUAAUGUUGCCAAAAGUUGCAGUGACAAAAUUUAGUUUCUGAGAGUAAACUGAAAGGCUUGUAUUUGUUCUCCAAUGUCUAAAAUAUGUUGUUUUUGUAGAGUAUUUUGUGGGUUAAUGUGAAUAACAUAUUUGAGCUUCGGGACUUCGGCACAAAACUCUUAAAAUAUUAUUUUUAACCAUAGUCCAUAUAGAAGGUAUGAGCUUUCCAAAAAAAACUUUGAGAAGUCCAUUCCAUUUUAAACUUAACUUAAAACUUUUUUCAUUAUUUUUAUUUAAAGUUUACAAUGGGCUGCUAUUAGGUGAGUGUUGUAGAAUAAUUAUGGCUUUACAUAGUUUAAAUACCAAAGGGUGAUUCCCAAAUUGCUGCAGUGUGAAGACUAUAAGAUACUGCAUGCUUUAGAUAAUGCCUCUAGUUUUGAACAUUGUGCUAAUGGAAGAUAUACAUUUAAUGACUUCCAAAAGGUAUAUCCAGCUAUGUGACAUGAUUUUGCAAAAACUCUGCCCACCAGCAAAAUCUAGAACAUUUUCAUUCUACAAAAAUGUGCAGAAGGAAUGCUGUAACUCUGGCUCGUAAAAACCACACGCCAACAGAAAACAAUGGAAGACUGUGCUCACUUUUGUAAUACUUGCAUGGAGACUCCUAUCAGAGACCUUGGGGCUGUUCACCAUCCUUUACAGAAUAAUCAAACUUGUUUGGGUGACUUCUGUUUUUAAAAUGUUAAGACUUGUGCUCUGAUGCCUUUCAACUUGAGAAUUUCUAAUGCAUCCACAAAACAUAUGCAGCAGAAGUGAAUUGUCAUAAUGAUUCACAGAUGCUAAGGGAAAACUAAACUGUACUUGCAGUAGUGCUCAAUCUACUGAUGACGACCAGUUUCACCAUACCAAUAUCACAUAAGACAAAGUGAAUGUACCGUGAAGAAAUGAGCAUAACUGAAAUCACCAGUAAGCUAGCAGUAUUGUAAUUUCAUGUGGAGUGAUAAAAGCUUAUCAAGAAAAUUAAGCACGUUAGAAAAAAUAUUUUUUUAAGCAUUUUAUGUGCUUCCUAAAAAAAAAUUAUACUUGGUAUAAAUUGUGUGUUUGUGCACCGUCAGUAUAUUUUGGCAUGUCAUUUCUGUUGCAGGAUGAAAGCUCUUGUAAUUUUAGAUGCUGUACUUUUGAUCUUGGGUGUAAUAUUUUGUUAACUGAUGUAUUAUUUUUAUAUACCGUUGUGCUGUUGCAUUCACUGCUCUGUGUUGUUUGACACCACAGUGAUAUUACAAAUCUGAAAAAUCUAGCAGAUGAGCAGAAACAUACAACUGGCCUGCAAGAUGUUGGCUUACUGUUUAAUUAAGUUAAAUAUAGCCCAAACAGAAUUGUGCAUAUGUUUUGGUUUAGGAACAGGGAGGUUGGAUGCAUUGUUUAGAAUAUUUGGAGUCUAGCCCAACCUAGAUACCUAGCAACAAUUACAAAGUAACUCCCUAACCUUAAUGCAAAUUAGUCAAGCUAGUUGGGUGUGAUCUGUAGUAGACAUAUCUUGCCACUAUCAUACUGAAUUGUUGUUAUGAAAUAUCCAGCACCAAUUAAGCAGCCUUUUUCUACCCGAUACCAUUUAUACUAUGCAACAUCCAGACUAUUAUAUGGACACACUUAUCCUGCAGUGUGACUGAGACAGAGGAGUGACUUAAAAAACAUACAUUAUUGACUUUAAUUCUUAAAAAAACCUCUCAAUAUCUGGAAUUCUCAUGUAUUUUUCUGAAAGAAUUUAGUGCUCUUUUGGAGAUGGCUUUACAAGCCUUAUUUAAGUAUGUAAUCUUUAUGGACUCAAUUUAAACAGAGUACGUAGUAACUAAUUUCUACAAUAUUUAUUGAAGCAAGUGAUGUUUUUUUGAUUUCACAAAGUUCUACAAGUUGUUACCAAUGAUGUUUUAUAAAACCGAAUUCAACAGCGCCAUGUUCAGUUAACAACGUUUUAUUUGGUUCACCAUUUCAGUACACUUAAUGCUUGUAAGGAAAUUUUUGUUCCUUGUCCUGGGAUUCUUUUGAUUUAGCACACUUCCAAAUUAUUAAGUAUGCCUGCAGCAUAUGGAAAAUUAUUGAUAGAAUUGUGUUUUUAAAAUGAAGGAUUUUCAAUCUCAUUUCCUUCCAACAGUAUUGUAAGGAGACUAAUAUCUCAUCAGAGGUAAAAGACAUUUUAUCGUUUUUAUUUUCCCCUAUCUCAACACCAAAUAGCAGUGUGUAAUUGAAAAUUGAAUUGGACAUUCUGAAACUGUCGUUUUCUUUUAAGUCUCACUAAUGUACACGUUAGAUAACUGAGUCAUUUUCUAACAGAAUGAAGUCUAAUGGGGUUAGCUUCAAAAGUGUCUGCUUCUGGUAUAAUUUUUUUUUUAAAAAAAAGCAAACCGGAGUUAUAUUUAUAUUUCUGAUUUUUCAUUUGAUAUGUACCCACUUUUGUGGCAAAUAAGAGAGACUCGCAAACAAACCUCAAGUUAAAUGGUUUAACCUCAGUUGGCCAACUUUUUUGCUAAUCUUACUUUAGUCCAAACUGAUUUUAAGCAUUGUAUGUUUGUUGUCUCUAGAUGGUAUUGAGUGAGAAAAGAAUCCGAGAUAGCAAAUGUUUCUUUUUACAUUUUAAGCUUUUUUGAGUGAAUACAUUUGAACACUGGGGAUGGCUGUAUAUGAUUUCUGAUUUGAGUGCACUGUCGCCAAGUUCAUUAAAGUAGUUUGAAUUAUAUGCACACAUGUAAACAGAAUGUGGCCACUUCAGUGAAUGGGUGUCAGGGAGAAUGGACGAAUCCAUUGUCUAUACAUGGACCAUAGGUAACUUUAGAAUUGAUAUGUCAUGAUUCUGGGUACGAAGCAUCAAAAUCUGUUUGAUACUGAGUUUCAUAAUACUUUUUAAUAUUCUAUACAAUCAACUGUACCAUGUCUCAUAAUGACUUUAAACAUAUUUUGCAAUGAAAGUGACAUCGUGCAUGUAAGAAAGGUGUUGCUGAGGACUUGAUCACUUUUAUAAAGCCAACCAGGAAUCCUUGACUGAUUUUAUUUUAACUAUUGUCCCUGUUUGGCUAUUGAUAUACUGAAAAUAUUGUUCAUUUAGUCAUGCUCCUGGUAUGCAAGAACCACAUCUUAGGUACUUUUCAAUUUGCUUUAGACAGAAGUGGUUUGCAUAUAAACUGAAUGUUAAUUCAACCAGUGUUUAUUUUUUAUUUGCAGUGAAAACAAAAAAUUCAUGCCAAUAAUUACUGACGUUUUAGCUGAUGAAGUACUUAACAGACAUUACAGAUUAAUAUACUUGUUUAUUAGAUGGAAUGUCAAUUUUUCAGAGGUUGCUUGCAUGUUGAAAGAGCCAUUACUUUAUGCUAUUGUAGUCCAUUCUUAGAGUAUCAGCUAUGCUCUAUCAUGGAGGAAGUGAACGUGUGUUCCAGCUGAAAUAAUCGGAAUAUGCCCUUCUCUGCAGUGUUGGGUGGUUGUGAUUUUAUUUGACAGUGGUCAGCCUAUUGAAUGGAGGAGAUGUUGUGUCAAAAUUGGCUACUAAUACCUGGGGGAGCCUAUAUUCAAUGCGGGCUGCUGAAAUAAUUUCCCCUCCCCACCAUUCUCCCAUCCCCAGAUUGUGUGCAUAUUGCAUGAUGUAGGGCAUGCUUUUCCAUUUUUAAAAAAUACAUUCAUGGGAUGUGGGUGUUGCUAACUAGACCAGCAUUUAUUUCCCAUCCCUAAGUUAAGAGUCAGCCACAUUGCUGAGAGUCUGAAGUUACAGGGAGACCAGACCAGGUGAGGUUGGCACUUUCCUUCUCUGAAGGACGUUAGUGAACCAGAUGGUUUUACUGACAAUUUACAAUGCAUUCACAAUCAUUAUUAGACUCUUAAUUCCAGAAUUAUGAGGUCAAAUUCCACCAGGAUUUGAACCUGGGUCCCUAGAACAUGAUCUGUGGAUUAGUAGCCCAAUGAUAAUAUCACUCCGCUAUCUGCUCCCCAAUAAACACAUUGUAAUGCUUUAGGGAUAGAGAGAGAUCAGCAGGGUGUAGUUGACCCAAAGCCAGGCUGACCACCCAAUAUCUACCCUGUCACUGGUACAAUUCCAGUAGAGGUGGACAGUUGACAAGCAAGGCCACCUGUACCUGUCACCUGAUUUAAUCCCCUUCUCCCACCAGGCUGCCAACCUUCUUUCAGAAGUAGCAAAAGUGAUCUUUUGUUUGUUCUACAUUAAAGGAUUCUUAACCCUUCCAAAAAAGGGUUAAACCCACCCCCUGCCCAGAUUACACUUGUAUUUCCAAUUAAAUUCCAGUUUUGCUCAAUGAGCUUGAGACCUGUUGGUGUUCAGGAGCAAAUAAUCAUUUGAGUGCCUUGUCCUUGCAAAACUGAUUUAUUGAACUGGCAUUGCCAGUGAAGCAACCAAGUUUUUCCUUUGGUGAACAAUAUUCUUCCCUGCAUUUUUGAAAUUAUUUUCAUACACAAGUUCCUAGCCACACAAUUUCAAAUGCAAUCAGAAUCAAAUGUGUUGUUUCAAUCAUCUAUUUAUAUCCUUAAUGUAAACUGUGAAAUUAAAAAAAGAAUAAAAUGUUUUGCAUGUAUAUAUUACAGGCACUAUCACUGACUGUAGUCCAGAGUGACAAAGAAGGAUAAUGCUAACACCGAUAUUUUCGUAAGUUUUAUUUGCAAUUUGCAAGUAGUGAAGUCAAACCUUAUUUUGUGUUAGAGAGUCCUGCUAUUUCCUUUCCGUUAAAUAUGAAAAGCUUUGUACGUUUGGGAAUGUUAUGAGUUGGAAUAAAGUUUUGGAUAAAGGACACAUUUAAAUAGUAAAUGCUAAUUUGUUGCAAAUGGCAGCCUUUUUGAUGUAACCUUCAGGAGAGAUGAAUUUUAAGGACACAUGACUUGUAAAUAGUCUAGAUUUCCUAUAUAAGCUACAUUAUUAUGUAUAAGUUCCUUUAAAAUGUAUUAUGAAAAAUGUCAAGAAUUUUGUAAUUGUUGAAAGAUUUCAAACAUUGUGUGACUUUAAUGUAGCAAAUGCUUAUACAGUUGUUUAUUAACAAAAAUACUUAAAGACUUUUUAAUAUACUUGCGUGUGAUUAUUUUGUAACAGUCAUGACAAAUAUGCCACUGUCAAUAUUCAUUCACUCUUGAUGUAAUGUUGCACAGAACAAAAUAACAAUUUGCUUUGCUUUUUAA